AUGCUUCGAUUAAUUAGGCUCUUGAUGCAUGUCAAGAGAUAUCGAGCCUUUGUUGCUACAUUUUUGACCCUAAUACCAAGCUUGAUGCCGUACCUUGGAACCAUAUUCUGUGUCCUGUGCAUUUAUUGCUCUCUCGGUGUACAGAUCUUUGGUGGGAUGGUCUAUGCUGACAACCCUUAUUUGGAAGGCACAGAUCUUGCAGAUAAUGACUAUUUACUUUUCAAUUUUAAUGACUAUCCAAAUGGGAUGGUGACACUCUUCAAUUUGCUAGUAAUGGGAAACUGGCAAGCGUGGAUGCAGAGCUACCAGGUAUUGACAAGAACUUAUUGGACUUAUGCCUACUUUGUCAGCUUCUAUCUAAUAACAGUUUUGCUACUUCUGAAUUUGGUAAGUCUAACUGAAUGGUUCUUGAAUUCUAUAAGUGUUGCACAUAUGUGA